CAAUGUCUUUAGUUGCUGCAGCCAUUGUAGAUGUUGAGAAAGUAAUUAAUAUAUCCAACGUUUAUGUAGAUGGCGAUAAGACAUUACCGAUAUUAUAGAUUCUGCUUGUGACGUCACCCCUAUAAAAGUCCUAUCCAAAGAUAAAAAGGUGCCUAUAGGCAAAAAACUUAGUGAUAACGUAGCGUUUUGUGAGUUAAAAGGAAUUGUCAGACUCCGUCAAAAAUCGGUCACCAAAAUACAAAAGAAGAAGAAAUCGGUCCAAAAAACUGCAUUUGAUAUUACGAAUAAUAAAUUAAUGGAUAAUGGACAUCAAAACAAAGCUGUGCUGUGGUUCACCACACCAUUAUGAUGGAGUGCGACCACGUUAAUCUAACUAAAUAGCUUAUUGAGCAACAAUAUUUAAUUUCGUUGGUCAUCCGCCGUAGCGUCUGUGUGACAAGGUUCCAUAAUGUUCAUCCUUAGUAUUGUGCUGGGACUUGUGUUUGCUAAAGUGGAGUCGGUUGUGAGGAACGAAACAUGUCCGGUGGUCGCACCGAGGGAACUCGAUUGGAAAGAAAUGGACGGAACCUGGUACAUAUCAGCUAUUGCAACGGACCUGGACGUCCAGGGCGACUGCGCGAUGAUCAUCUUCGACCAUCAAGACACCCUGGGUGUAUCCAUCCGAUGGAUCUCAAACAACACUGUGUCCUACUACAAUGGAUCUGUUGCUUUGACUCCUGACCCGAAUAGUAAUAGUACUGGCGGCGACUUGCUGAUGGUUACUUAUAAUGACAACAGAACGGAAACGUACUCUUUCCUGGACAUAAGCUAUGAGCACUAUGCUGUUAUCUUCGCCUGCUACGACAAUAAUGAUGGGAAUAGCAGCACUUAUGAAAUAUGGAAGCUGACGAGGUCUCCUCAUCUGAAAGACCUGGAUGCAACGAAGCUUGACCAGGCUAUAGCAAACUACACUCUCCAAGACACGCCGUUCAUCACGUUUAAUAACACAGAAGACACAUGCAGAAUUAAUGGAAGCAGUCAGCUAGAUUCCUCUGCGUUAAUCAUGGCUUCCGCUGCCGCCAUCGCGUUACUGAGAAGGAUGUAUUAGAAGAUCGAUUUAAAGAGGCUAAUCUUGUUUGUUUAUUAAUACAUUAUGGAACGCUUCCCAAGAGUAUUUAUACCAAAAUUAAACUGUUAAAUUAGAGUUAGAUUAAAUUUGUUUUGAAUACGUUAAUUCUUGAGAUGAAUGUUUAACAUUAUACAAUUGUUUUGAUAUAGUAAGGGCCUGUUUCGCAACUUCUGAGUAAAUCAUACUUUACAUAAAUAUAUAAGCCGACCAAAUACAUAAGUUACACUCUGAUCUAUGCUACCAAAUAAAUUAGAAGUAAAAUUAGUACUAUCUGCAUUACCUAUUUAAUACAAUAACUGUCAAAUUAAAUUUACUUGAACUUGUGAAACAGGCUCUUAAUAUUUUUGGAUAUGACAUAAGCUGUGAAAUAUUUUUAAGCCAAAAUCAGCUGUUAAAAUUUAGAGUAUUUUGAACUUUAUUGCUGAUAUCUCGUUUAUAGUAUCUAUCGAAUAUAAUGUAGCUUUGGUUGUUGCCGAAUUUAGGAAUUGAAAGUAAAUUAAUUUUUGUCUGUUUGUUGAGGCUAUGGAGUAUUAUUAUUGCUAAGUACAUUGUAGUUAUUAGAUUAUUUAUGUUGAGGCCAAUGGAAGCGUUACAAUUAUAGCGUUUGAGGUGUUAUUUAUGAUAUUAAUUCAUAGACUUGAAGAAUGGUAUAGUAUUGUAGAUAUUAAAAACCCGUGCCCAUUAGUGGGAAAGUAUAUAAUACAGGGCUGAUAUUAUAAUCACUUUUUCUAAUGAGUAGUAUAUUUUUUGUCGCUUUUACUCAGUCCAUUCCCAAGUCUAUGUGUAAACUUGAGCCCUGAAUAAUGCUAAAAUUAAAAAUGAUCUAAUAUAAAAACGCCAUUACAAAUAUAUUUACUUUGUUACCUAAACCACCUCAUCAGUUUAGAAGUCCUGAAACUCUUUCAAUAGAUGAGACUAUGAGAUUCAUCUUUAAUGUGGUAACUAAAAGUAAGCGGGUUCGCUUGAACUGUAUUGAGAAUUUAUUUAAUAUCCAUCACAUUAUGUGAUGUAAUAUACUGUAGUUAAUGAUUUCUUAUGUUUACGUGAAUGUUAAACAUUGUAAUAAAACUAUUUAAUUUUAUUCCGGUAAAUUUAUGUUAUUAUUAUCUGCCGAAGUUUCGAAGGCUUUGCAGCCUUCGUGAGUCCUCCUACCUGUGACCUGAAGACUGCAGUCUUCGAAACGUCGGGAGAAAAUAAUAAUAUAAAGAGCCAGAAUAAAAUCCGUAAAUUGUUUUAUUUCAUAGUAAUUAUUCUACCUCUUUUAAUUGAAACAAAUUGUAUGCUGAUUAAUUUAAAUGAAACUAAAUUUAAACGUUUAUUAUAAUAUAUUAA